AUGCGUUCCCCCCUCUGCGCGUCUCUCCUCGUUCUUCCCAAUGUUAUCAAGCCCCACGUCAUCUCACUCAAACCGCUUCAUCCCACGCGACUUUUCCCCAAGAGCCUCAUCAGAAACCCCUCAACCUAUUUUAACCUUUCUCAACCCCAUCACACUCUCACAAUGACUGGACGCGGCAAGGGCGGCAAGGGUCUCGGCAAGGGCGGUGCCAAGCGCCACCGCAAGAUUUUGCGUGACAACAUUCAGGGUAUCACCAAGCCCGCUAUCCGUCGUCUCGCCCGUCGUGGUGGUGUCAAGCGUAUCUCUGCCAUGAUUUACGAAGAGACCCGUGGUGUCCUCAAGUCAUUCCUCGAGGGUGUCAUCCGCGACGCUGUCACCUACACCGAGCACGCCAAGCGCAAGACUGUCACCUCCCUGGAUGUUGUCUACGCGCUGAAGCGUCAAGGCCGCACCCUGUACGGUUUCGGUGGUUGA